AAGCCACUCCCCCCAUAUCACGACCAAUCUCUGCCACACGCCUCUCCCCUUUUUAUGUCUCAGAUUUCAGACAAUCUCUCUCUCUUUCUCUCAUCAGAAACCCUAGAAAUGCUCACUCUAUCUUGAGAUUCAAACGCUAAAAUCACUCACAGAUCUUCACACCAAUCACUCCCAAACCCAAGAAUGGCUUCAAUCAAAUCCGCUGCAUUGCGAUACAGCUCUUUCGAUUCUCGAUCUUCGAUUCAGUCUCACCAGUCCGAUCCAUCGUCCUCCACCGAGCUCAACAAACCCAAGCAAUCCUCCCUCAAACGCCUCAUCGCCGGAUCCACCGCCCGCCGGAGCCAAUCUCCGGCCGCGGCAGCAGAGCACAACUCUUCGCGUGCCAUCGUCAAGGCCAAAUCGUCGGACGUAGCUCAGGUGAGAGUGAAGAACGAUGAGAAUUUUAGUGCAAUGGUGAAGAAAUUGAUAGAGAAGAGGGCGGCGAAGCCGAAGAAGGCGGCGAAUUUGGUCAUUCCGGCGGAUUUUAUAGCGGAGGAUUUGAAGAAGACUGCAAAGAAUGGGUCGAAUUUCUCCGGUUUGCAUCGGAAGCUGUUUGGAAAGGGGUUGGGGUCGGGGUCGGUGGGGAGUGAGAAGAAGGCUUUGACGGAGGUGAAAUCGAAUACGAGGACUCUGGCUAUGGUGCUUAGGAGUGAGAGGGAGCUUUUGAGUCAGAAUAAGGAGCAGGAAGGAGAGAUCACUGAGCUCAAGAUGAUGCUAGAGGGGAAAAACAGAGAGGUAAUAUAUACUCAUGUUAUGGAUAUAUAUGAUAUGUAUAUGCAUGUGUUUGAGUAUAUGGAUAUAUCAUAGUUUUUGAUUUAAUUGUUGAAAUUUGAAGAUUGAAAAUGCAUUACUGGGAUUGCAAGAAAUAUCAAAGCUUUUAAUGAAUUUGAAUGUACCCCUGUUUCUCAGGAAAAAAAUAUGUUUCUCAAAAAAUGGAACUUCAAGUUUUGAAUUUGACGUGCUGAUAAAACAUUGGUUGUUUUAUUUUUAUUUGUUUUAAUGUAUUUGAUGGUGUCUAAAUUUGUGAUAUUGUGAGAAGACAGAGAUUGUAGAUUUGACAUUUUUGUGUAACGGGAUAUAAUAGCAAUAAAAUUUUGAUUUGGUUCCUAUUUACUUGAUAUAAUAGCAAAAAUUAAAAUAUCUUCCAUCGCAAAGGUCUCCAUCUCGAAGCCUUCUUUCACUACCUCUUCAGCGACUCUAAUCCUCCUCUCUCUCCUUCUCCUAAGGUAAUUCAAACAAAAUCAUUCUUAAUCUUUCUCGCUUUCGUAACCGCUCGAGCCAGAUCCAUUUCAAAGAAAUAGUAUAUAGUGUUUGAGUUGAGAAUACAUUGUUCAAAUUUGAUUUGAAAAUUUUGAGAAUGCUGAAAAUGUAUUUAAGCUUUACUUGUUUACUGUUCAAGUCGAUUUAGUAAUGGAUUGUUGAAAUUUGAUUUGAAAAACUUGAAGAUAUUUAAAUUGUAUUUAAGCUUGAGUUGGUCACUGAUUAAGUCAGAUCUCAAAUGAAAAAAUAUGAAUGUAACAUUCAAAAACUAAUGGUAAAUUAAUGAUAAAUUAUAUAAAUAUUAAUAAUUAUAAUUUUUUCAUUCGUAUUAUCCAAACUCUAAGCUGUGUGUGGGCCACCACCAUAUUUACAGUGUCCCAACUCUUUGGUAAGCUGAGACAAGUUAUUAAUAGGCAAAGUUAGGGAAGUGCUAAACAUGGAAUUAGAUACAGAUAUAGGAUUAUUUUAUAGAUAUAGGAUUUUGGAAUUAGAGAUAAUUUACGGUGUCCAUCUGUAAAGCUAUCCUAAUCUUUCAAAAGAUACCAUGGGAUAUAUCAUCAUACAUAUAUCUAUUGACUAUAUAUGUUUUUCUUUUUUUGAUGUAUAUAGAUAUAGGAUUUUGGAGGGGAUUUGAGAAAAAAUUAGAGAUGAUUGGGGUUCAGAAGGAGUCUUAAAGGAUGAAGAGGCUCUGUGUUUAGAUGCAACACAUUAUGGAAAUGUUGCAAGGUUUAUUAAUCAUAGGUAAGUUCAACAAAACACAGAAGCGCAUAUGCCCUUGUGGCUU